CGCACAAGCCACAAUUCGAAACAGAAGCUGACGCGGAAAACAGUAGUCGGUUGGGCUUUUUUUGUUAGCCAACCGGCAUGUAAAUACUACUCUUAUUUGUUUUGCAUAGAUAACACUUAGCAAGAUUAAAUGCUAAGUGUCGAUUUUGUAGAUGAGUCCGAACCAUUUAGUGUGUGCGUCCUGAUAUUGGGUCGAGAGUAAUUGGUAGAACAUGCUGCUCACAGGCUCAAUGCUACGAUUGAUUAGACUGUUGUCUUGUCUAACGCUUGUUUUAUUUUUACAAGUCUGCUAUGCCAAAAAAGAUUCAAAAACAUCAUGUUACACUUGCAAGCAAAUUACUGAAAACUUCAACAAGGGGUUUGAAAGGACAGCAAAGCAGAACUUUGGUGGAGGUAACACAGCCUGGGAGGAGAGAACACUGUCCAAAUAUGAGACGAGUGAGAUUCGUCUGAUGGAGAUUAUAGAGGACCUGUGUGACAGCAGCAGCUUCGACUGUAACCACAUGUUGGAAGAACACGAGGACAAAUUUGAGACCUGGUGGUUCAAGAAGAAAACAAAACACCCUGAUUUGCAUAAGUGGUUCUGCAUUGAAAGCAUCAAAGUGUGCUGUCCAAAGGGAACUUUUGGACCAGACUGCAAUGCCUGUGUGGGGGGUUCUGAGAAUCCGUGUCACGGAAACGGGCAGUGUGAUGGUGAAGGAACCCGAGGAGGGACCGGGAAAUGCAGCUGUGAUAACGGUUAUAAGGGGGAGUUCUGCCUGGACUGCAGGGACGGCUACUUCAAUGAAGUCAGGAAUGAAACCUUUUCACUUUGCACAGAAUGUCACUCGUCUUGCAAGACCUGCUCCGGAGCAACCAAUCAGGAUUGCGAUGAGUGCAAAGAGGGCUGGGAGGAGGACGACCAGGAAGCUUGUGUCGACGUAGACGAGUGCUCCAAGGACCCAUCGCCGUGUAAUGAAGAUCAGUUCUGCAUCAACACAGACGGCUCCUACUCCUGCAAGACUUGUGACAGAGUUUGCUCUGGCUGCACCGGAGCAGGCGCUGAUAAGUGCAAGGCUUGUGCCAGUGGUUACCAGGAGGCGGAGGGCAGCUGCACAGAUAUCGACGAGUGUUCCCAGUCGGAGUCGGUGUGUACGAAGGAGCACCAGGAGUGUGUUAACACUAAAGGCAGCUACGUUUGUAUCUGUUUACCUGGCUACGAGGAAAAGGACGACGAGUGUGUUCAAAUCCCACAACCAGAAACACCAGAGGAUGCUGAAGUAGUGGAGGAGACCAACAAUCCUCACGGAGAACUUUGACCUCAAACCUGGGAUCAUUAAUGUUGCGGAUGAUUCCUGAUGUGGCUAACAUCGUGCACUUACGUAGCAGUCACACUUACGGACCAACGAAAGCCACCCUAUUGGCUGUGGACCCUGGAUUCAGCGGCAAUAAGAGACAUUUGAAUGCACUGGCGUUGCUGGUUGUUGUUGCUUUUCUCUCCAGUGUGCACAUUUUUAACUACCACUUAUUGUCUUUACUUCUUAAAUUUGAAGUUGGUUUAAUAAAGUUGGAAAAUUGUUUACAACGAA